GUUACGUAAGUGGAGCAUGUCGAUAUCGAAAUUCUGUUAACUACAUGACUGGCGGCCGCAGCCGCAGCGAUGAACGGCUGGUGUCCGCAGCCAUAGCGACGAACGGCGAGCAUUGACAAGGCUGGAACGUUGGCAAUUAAUAGGAGAGGUGGGACUUAAUUAGUACAAUCUCCGCGGUGUGUUCCAUUCCCGGCGUAUAUCGCGUCUCGUGUCUACGUCCGCCUCUCAUUGUGAGCCCGAAAUGCUUCGCGUUCCGUUACGUUCCUCAGAAGAAGCUAAUAUUCCAGCGCCGGAAGUCUUGGGAGUCAUCUUCUUGCGGGAACGUACCUGUUGGACCCUCAGGUGGACCCUGCUCUUUGCCCCGGAAUCACUGAGAAUUGCCACUAGGAGCAAACAACAACCUAAAAGCGAUCUUAGCUGCUCUAAUGGAGCCAGAUUCAAAAUUUCGGCGCGGAAUUCAAACGGUACAGUCCCACUUACCCAAGCAACCCUCACGUGGUUAUCGCACUUUCAAUCUGGAAUCCGGAAACUACUUACAGAGAAAAAUUGUUACAAGAGGAUUACCCUCUCUCUCUCUCUCUCUCUCUCCAAUUAUUCUGGAAACACUUUUCCCUCUCACUGGAGUCCUCUUCCAUCUGCAAGAAUAAAAUCUAGCGCAUGCGGCCGGGCUCGGCGUCUGGGAGCCUUAAAUAAAGCUGGCGACCACAUGGUAGUCACGGCAGCAAAACUAUGUCUUGUCAGGCUGAGAAAGUUUGGAGAUAGAUGGUCACCUGGGCGCAGCUCCAUACUUCUUUACAUUCCAUACGUCGCAUUCACUAUGGGAAGUAAGGAAGCACGGAACAGUGGCCCGGCUUAAGGUAUCUCC